GAAGCAUUGCUUUGUGAGCACACGUAGUUACAUUAGGACUGUAUUCAAUGUAACGCUUGUUUGGGGCAAAGGUUUUAGAUCACGCAAUUCUGAAUCGUAAAGUAACGUAAUAAAAGUUUUUGUGGAUUUGCAGACCGCUUUAUGAGAACCGUCCAGUACACUAUUCGCCUUUGGAAAGUUAAUCAAACAAUACGCUGCAUUCGCUCAGUGCCACUCGCGUUAUACUCUGGCGGAAUAUAAUUUAUUAAAAAGGUUAUUUACCAAAUUGUGUUGUGUUAAUAACAGGAAAGUGUUCAAUAAGGUUGAUAGAUCUAUAACAACAACGCCAUGCCUUGCAACUGUGAGGCUGAAUUGACGACCGAAUCGCCAAAACAUCAAAACGGAUGCGAGAUGAAUUCUCGACGUGCUUCAGGUCACCAGACGAACAAUCAUCAUCGGCACCAGAACGGCGACUCUGAAGAAGCAGUCGAUAUAGAGACUGUUAGGUACCCCGAUGGCACGGUACGCCUACGGAACCCUAACAUCGAGUUAAUGGACCAAGACAUUUUAUAUCACUUGGCACUUGGCAGUGGAUCCCACGAUCUUGUUGAGAUGUUCGGUGAUGUGAAGUUCGUUUGCCUGGGAGGUACACCGAAGAGGAUGGAGCAGUUCGCGUACACGAUCAUGGCGGAGAUCGGCCACAAGCUGCCAUGCGGUACGACGCUGCACGAUAUUAGCCAGUUCUCCUACAGAUACUCAAUGUACAAAGUGGGACCGGUCCUCUGUAUAAGUCACGGCAUGGGCAUACCCUCCGUAGGGAUCUUGUUGCAUGAGGUCAUAAAGCUCAUGUACCACGCCAAGGUGAGGGACCCCGUAUUCUUCAGGAUCGGCACUUGCGGUGGCAUCGGCUUCGAAGGCGGCAACGUCAUCAUCUCGGAAGAGGCUGUUGAUGGUAACUUAAGGAACAUUUACGAACUGACAGUAUUGGGUAAGAACAUUCAAAGACCUGCGAAAUUGGACAAGAGGCUGGUGAGGGAGCUGAAGGCUCUGGCGGACCCUGAGGAUCCCUAUGACACGGUGACCGGCAAGACCAUGUGCACGUACGACUUUUACGAGGGUCAGGGUCGUUUGGACGGCGCGUUCUGCGACUUCACGGAGGCUGACAAGAUGGAAUACUUGGAGAGCAUUCACAAAGCAGGCGUCGUUAACAUUGAGAUGGAGUCGCUCGCGUUCGCCGCGCUGACGCAUCACGCCGGGAUCAAAGCCGCCGUUGUUUGUGUCACAUUGCUUGACAGGCUGAAGGGCGAUCAGAUGUUGGCUCCGAAGGAAGUCUCUGACGAAUGGCAGCAGCGUCCUACGAAACUUGUGUGCCGUUAUAUUAAAAGAUACCUUCAGAUGAAGGGCCGCUUGUCGCUGGACGGGCACGGAUCGAUCGCAGUGAAGAGCCCUCGCCGGUUCAAGCUGGUACAACAGGAGUCGGAGAACUACGACUAAAUGCGUCACGAUUCUCGUUGCUAUGGUUACCUUCCGAGGCGACAGAUCCUGGCUUGCACUGGUUACGGGCCAUCUGUGCAGAUCGCUCAAAUGUUUUAGCUCCUAUUUUAGCUAACCUUCAACGGAAUGUGUUCAUUUCAAAUCUUCAACUACUUAUAUAUUUUUUUGAGUACUUUUGAAAGUAACAAUCUCGCAUAAAAGGAUCAAUGCGAUGCUUCAGAAAAUUCCUGUUUUUGUUUUUCGAUAGAAAAUUUAUUCUAAUCUAAUAUCAACUAUAUUGUACUCUUAUACCUAUAUAUCAUACCUAGGUUAAUUGUUCUGCACCAAUAUAAGAUGUAAUGAAAAUCGCUACAAAUAAAAACUAGAAAAAGAAGAGCUGUAGCGUUAUUUGUGGCAAGUUAUUGUAAACUACGAAUAUCGUUAUGUGAAUGUUUGAGAUUCAUAUGCAAGCGUGAUUUCACUCAGAUAGUGCAAUUUACUAUUAUUUUUGCAAUUCCUUACAAUGUAUUACAACUAUAUCAAACUAACACAAGUGUUCACAAAUUAGCAACAAAAUUUAACCAUUGUCAAAGUAUAAUUUUGUUUUAGUAUCUCUAUCACAUAUCAACUCUAUAAUAUUUUGAUACUUUGCUAUUUUCUUACCUUUCUAUCUUAUACAAACACUUUACAACGAUGAUGAACGAUUUGGUUUUCGUGUGGUAUGAGAAGUUGCACGGCUAGAGCAGCUUAGGACGUUGCACUGAAGCUAGGUCUAUAACCUAGCGUAAGUGUUGGUCUGGUUUAUUGUUGCACAGAUUGUAUUAGCUACAAUUGUGAUAAUAUUUGGCCGUAGUUGUUAAUGUAAGGACCACGACGAACACACCGGUUAUCUGUUGGCGGCGUUUGCGUGUCACAUUUUCCACGUUGCCAGUCAGAGGUUGUUGCAUUCGUAAUUAUUCGUGACAGUGGCAUAAGCGGGCAGUCGGCAUUCAUAACUCAUUAGUUAGAUAUACCUACAAUAAGUAAGUUGUAUACGAACCGCGGAAGUGAAUGUAAACAACAUGUAAGGGGCUUGAUGCGAACUAGAAAUAAAUCAAGUUCAGGUUCUUUGUGUUUCGUAUCGCUACCUGUGACAUGAUAGUCAAAUGUUAAAGGUGCGGCUUGUACGCCUAGAGAAGGGACACCAUUUUCUUUUGCCUAGUGAAACAUCGCCAACAGAUAUCAGUGUGUUUGUUCCAUUGAUUUAAUGUGCUUCCACAACGGUUAUUGUUAAUAAUUUAUGCACGAAGCAUUGUCAGCACAUAGCUUCUAUGUGUUACAAAUAUUAUAAGUAUAAGACAUUCAAAUUGUCUACGUUGAUGUAGUUUUCAUAUAAGAUUAUAAUAAGAAUGUUAACCGUAAAAAGUUUAAAGCUAAUGAAAAUUUUGAGAAUUAACGUUAUUCAUUACUAACGAAAAAUGACCAAAUGCAAUUUCAGCUCGCUAAUUUACUUUGAGAAUGUAACACAUGAUUACUUGUUGUAAGUAAUUAUUACAUGUUUAUUGUUAAUCGUAUUAAUUAUAAUGCCAAUGCUACGAUAUAUUUAGCGAUAUCGUUUAGUGUGUAAGCAUAAUUAUUAUGAUAGUCUACGAUAUAGUGUUCUACAUAUUUGGUAUCACAAUUAAUAUUUAGAAGUAGUUAAGUAGUUGAAUUGUUUCAGCUUUUUGUUCAAGCUCUCUCUUCGAUGUUAUCAUAUAACAAUUGCAUAUCUAUAAAAUCAUCUAAAUAAUUCAUAACUUCCACAAUUUCUAUCAUCAUUAAUUCAUCGAAAUAAAGUUAAAGUUAAUACUUUGAUGCCUAUUCUGCUUUUCUAUAAGGUAUUUACAUCAGAAACUUCGCAAGUUGAUAAUAUUUAUUCUAAUAAAUUAAUCUAAAGGUUUGCAUACUAUAUAAAUAUGUAUUCCCAAUGAACUAGGCUUAAAUAUUUUAAACGUAUACACGUAGAGUUUGGCUUUGUUGUUUAAUAACAAUUAUUAUGGAUAAGCACUGUUGUUAGAUGUUAAUGUUUUGGCCACAAUACGAAGUGUUGAUAGUUGCAUAUCCCCUCUGUUAUGUCUUGUGACCGUGGACCGUUAGAAGAGCCACGUGUUGAAUCCUCAUGUCGUAACUUAUACAUAGGUACUAUAUUUUUAUAAAAGUAUAUCUGAAUACCCAAUUCCUUGAUAAGAGUGUAAUAAAAUCUCAAGAAUACAAUGUAAAUUUUACAAAAGUUGGCUUCGGCGUUGGAAGUUGUCUCAAUUUGUUUAUGUACCUAUAUUAUUUUUGGAAUUGUCAAUAUACUCGUACAUAAAUACUUAUAUAUCUAUUACGUAAAAUACGACAUUUAAGAAAUUCAUAACACCUAUAGUGUCAAAAAUGCUUAUAAACAUGCUUAUGACAAAAAUGUUCAAUAACAAUUCUUCUGAUUAAAACUUAACUACUUAUUUGAAAGAAAAAGAUGCAUUUCGCGUUAUAUAAAACAUUCAAAACGUAUGUGUAUUUAACCCCUAGUAAUUUUACUCUCUAUCACUAAUUUAACUGGUAUUAUCCUAAGAUAUUAUUGUUGUUUUAAGAAUCUCUUUAAAUAAAUCAUAACGCAUUAUGGAAUUCGAUACCUCACAUUACUUUAUUGUAAGUAGAAAUAUUAUAUUAUAAAUACAUGUUAAUAUUUAUCAUAUCAAUGUAUUAUUGAACUAUUUUAUUAAACGCCUAGGUGAAUAUCAAAUUCAUGUUAACUGUUUCUGAAUAUUUAUCGCGGAUCGUGUAAACUUUGUAGCUUCAGUGUUUUACUGUACAAAUAUCGAUAAAUAAACACCAAAAUGACAGACGAUUACAUAUAAUCUCGUGUUAUAACGAAAUGACAUCCAAAUUGAUGGGUAUUGGGUUUAAUACAACUUUAUUCUCUGAAACAUUUAUUUACUUAAAUGCAAAACAUAAAUUAAAUUGAUAGCAAGAGUAUGUUAACAUGACGUUGGAUACUUCCUCUACCCUUAUUAAAAAUCGUUUCAAUUAUAACUAAAAUGUCAAUGUUCCAAUAACAAGGCAUCGAGAAUAAAUUACAAGUAUUUAUUGUACAUCCAAUUACCUGCUUAAUGAGACGUAGGUCACGUACGCUAGUGUGAUUCCCAACACGCAUUAUGAAGUUAAUUUAUGAUGUCUCAUUGCGGAAAACGAACUCUUUUAGCAUACCUUCUUUUUAAUUGGAAGGUAAAAGAAGUGGAUACGAACAUUUAGACAUUAUUUUAAAUUAAGAAAUCGUCCGAUCAUUGGACAAUUACAAAAGGAAGGUACUAAACUGUAAUACAUGGAUUUGCAUUAUAUUUAAUCAUUCAGUCUUUAUAAUACAUAGAACUGUUAAAAUGUACUUUGAUUGUUGGUUAUUCAUACAGUUAUGAUACAUUUAUGUAAGUAGUUAAUUAAAUGAGCAAGUAAGUUA